ACUGAGCUUCCAGAUCAGUCUCGACCUCAUCAGCCUUGCUUAACCUCCUCCUGUGUCAGUCGUCAUGUCGCUCACCCAGCGAUCGAUGAGAAUGUCAACCGGACGCUCCGGGUUUGGGUCCCAGAGCCUCUAUGGCGGCCUCGGCAGCAGCGCUCGUAGCAUUUCUUCCAGUCGCUCCUUCAAUGUGAGCUCGGCUGGUAGUGGCAUGAGAAGCGGAGGCGGAAUGGGAAUAGGGUUGGGGAUGGGAAUAGGGAUGAGCGCUGGGGGGCUUCUGAGUGGUGGUACCAGCGGGCUGGUAGCCAACGAGAAAGACGCCAUGCAGAACCUCAACAGCCGACUGAGCAAAUACCUGGAGAGGGUGCACUCCCUGGAGGAGAGCAACAUUCAACUGGAGAAGAAGAUUCGGGAGCUGUCCACUGACAAGAUCAUCCAAGGCUUCGACUGGACCAUCUAUGAGAACACAGUGAAGCCCCUCCAGAGUCAGAUCCUGUCCUCCAUUAUGGACAACUCUCAUGUGGCCCUGGAGAUCGACAACGCCAAGCUGGCGGCUGAGGAUUUCAGGAGCAAGUGGGAGAAUGAGCUGAUGCUUCGCCAGUCUGUGGAGAAUGACAUCGGAGGCCUGCACCAGCUGAAGGAGACUUACCUGCAGCUGCAAACUGGCCUGACCAACGAUAUCGGGGCCCUGGAGGAUGAGAUCGCUUACCUGAAGAAGAAUCAUGCUGAGGAGCUGAGGAUGCUGAGGCAGCAGAAGACUUCAGAUGUGCAGGUGGAAGUGGACUCCAAGCCCUCCAUCAACCUGCAGGAGGUGCUGAACAAAAUCAGGGAAGAUUACAAUGGUAUGGUCAACAAAAAUCAAGGCGAUAUGGAGACCUGGUACAAAGUGCAGCUUGAAACCAAGUCGGUGGAGCAGGCUCAGGACAACCAGGCCUUAGAAGCAGCGAGGCACGAGGUCUCCGAAUACCGUCGGCAAAUGCAGAACCUGCAGGCUGAGUACGAUGCCAUGCUCGGCAGUCUCGGCUCUCUGGAAGCCGCCCUGGCAGACACAGAGAGGAGGUACGAUCAGGAGCUGCAGGGAUACCUCUUCAAAGAGGGAGCCUUGAAUGACGAGCUGAGGAGAAUCAGGAAUGAAAUCAACCAGCAAGCAAAUAAUUACCAGCAGUUGCUGAACAUGAAGAUGAAGCUGGAGCAGGAGAUUGUCAUGUACCGACAGCUCCUGGACGGCGGUGCGCAAAGCUCAAUAUCCGGCACGUCUUCCUCCAGUAUCUCGUCUGGAGGCGGAAGCAAGAGCACAAUAAUCAUCAAAACGACCGAAGAAGUUAAUGAGGUUACAAGUUAAAGAUCAUGGCCUCGCUCGCUAUCACCAAGAAACAAGCUUGUACCCGCUCGGGCACAAUGCCCGUGUGGCAGCUUCAGCUGGUGUCUGGGAAUGUGGAUCUUUGCCAGCAGCCCCCUGCCUGGCUUCAUACUUUCCUCUUGUUCUAUUCCUCUUCCUGUGACAGUGCGAUUCCCAACUCCUGAGUAUACAAAGCAAUGGGGUCCCAUCCCACUGUUGCGCUUGACAUUAAGUUCAGCACCUCACUGGGGCAAUGUCAGUGCAUCGCGCCGAUGCCAUCAACAACAACAACUUGAAUUUAUAUAGCAGCCUUCACGAGCCAUACCGUUUCACAAUGGCGGCGUCUACCAUCCCUCUUAUCGCUGCUGGGGUGCUCAGUUGUUAUGGAAAACAACCUGGGCUGUUGCAACCCCAGUAGUUUGGAAACCGCAAGCAGACAGCAGGUCAACACACAUAAAAGUAAAUUGUUUUACUGGAGAUCCAAUACAGCAGAUGCCCUUGUCCCCAUUACUUGUGUCUCUCACUCCCCAGGAGCCCUGAUCCACGUCGCCUGUCUCCCUUACUCCUCUCCCUUGGCUGCUCUGUUUUCCAAAUAUUUUCACAUCUGUUCAUUGUUUAAGCAAAGCUGAUCAAUAAAUAUCUUUCUGCUCUUA